UCUAGCACUUCUUUGAAGCUUUAAAAAAAUUUUUAGUUAAGUUCACAAGAAUGGGCGAAUGGAAAAAUGAUCUUUUUGGGUGCUUUAAUGAUAUGGGACUGUGUGUGAUAACAUAUUUCGCGCCUUGCUUAACUGCGGGCAAGAACGCGGAGCAGGUAGGAGAGGAUUGCAUGCUCCAUGGAUUCUUGAGUGCCCUGUACCCCAUCGGCAUCUUUUCACGUGCAAACAUAAGGGGCAAAAUUAGGGAGAGGCAAGGCAUUGAAGGUUCCUUUGGUGAGGACUGUUUUGUGCACUGGUUCUGUUAUCCAUGUGCUCUCGUCCAGGAGGCCAAUGAACUCGGUGGGAAACAAGGGAUGUCCAUGGUGCGAGAAUAGGAGCCGGGAACCGUCGGAAUCAUCUUAUGACGUCAUGUUUUCGUCCCUGCCAACGUCCACAUUCAAAACGGAACUGCAACGAAAAAAUUAAUUGUACAACUUUUCUAAGAAUUAUACUGACUCUUUGUUUACCGCAUAAUAUACAAUCGUAUUUCUUGUAAAGAUAUACCCGUUACUAAUAAUGGUUUAUUGUUUAAAUAUCCAGAACGCAAUUUAUGUUUUGCCAUUCUGUAUUGACAAUCUUUGUUAUCAUUCAUUUUUCAUUUAUUUUACUAGUAGGAUCUAUUCCAAAUUUCUCAAAAUGAACUGUGAUCUGCACAAAUUAAUUAGUAUGUUUUUUCACGUGACGUACGUGCGAAGGUUUUAUGAUGUCUGAAUGUACAUAAUGUUAAGUGUAGUAAAGCAUUUUAGAAAACUAUUUUCAUCUCUUUUUUACGCCUUUUGUAUUUCAAUAAAAUUAUAUAAUUUUG